AUCUUGGCUCACAGCCUCGCAGCUGCUCGAAGAGCAGUGUGCAGGCCCAGCAUGCCGUUUGUACCGAUCUCGAGCCGCAAGCCUCAUGCACUCCUGCUGGAUCAUGACAAGGACCGCAUCCGUGCUCAGAUGCAAUCCAAAGAUGAAGCAAGCGUGGCGGAACAUUAUGGCCUAGCGCCAAGUUCCCGAGGCUACCGAUUUGGGAACCACCCAAUGACUCGCGGCCCCGUCAGGGGGCCGGAGGUGCCUUUCAAGGAGGCAACGCGACAUUGGAAGCCUUCGGAGGUUGAGCGCGAGGGGCCAAUGGCAAAGGUGGAUGUGAAGCAAGCCAAAGUUGGUGCAUAUUGGGACGGCUCCCAUGUAAAGCUUGCAGCCCUUCGCAAUUGCCAGUCCUCUCCAGCGUUGCAGCAGUCAGCUGCAGAAGUUAUGCAGGCGUGCCACCCCUUGACUACAGAGCUCCGGCGAUGGGAGAAGCUUGCCAAGGUGACUGAGAGAGGGGAGAUCAAUGAGGACGUCCAAUCUUCAAUGGCAGCGAGCCGAAAGCUGUGCCAAGCUGGCGUGCGGCCAAAACCAGUUUUUGCAGGAGGACUUGUGAACUUCCCCAAAUAUAUGCUGAUCAACAACUGUCACCUCAAGCAGAUGGACCUGCAACGAUAUGCUGACCAAUGUGCUGAGGAGGUGAAGCCAGAUUUGCCAAUGGCUCAAGUGAGCCUGGCGAGAAGGGGUGAAGCCAGCCCCAGCAGCUCAGUGAGGAUGCAAGAGCCCUCUUGGGGUGCUCCCAAGUUGAAGAACCAUGAUCAGGAGGAGCCUUGCUUUGCUGGUAAUGCCAUGCCUUCUGGACGUGCUAGCCGCACCUCAGCCUGGCUGCGGAUGGGAUAAGCUCCAGUCAGCAAAGACCUUUCGACCGUUUCAGGAGGCAGCGCAGGAAGCUGGCAUUUAGCCAAGUCCUGUGCGAACGCUGCCUUGCACAAAAGUUUGCCUGACAAUCCAGGCAAUGUAGGUUUUUAAAGUGUUGAUAUGGGCAACGAAGUGCGGAGUUGGC